CUUCUUUGUUGAUGUGCAGCUACUUCUUCAGCCGUCCGGCGCUCACGCUUGAUGCUUCGGUCUUUAGGUUUCCUCCUGUCUACGCAGAGCCGAGUUGUGUGCACUACACUGUGUGUGGACUAACAAGUAGGAGUUGUUUUCGGACAGCUGCUGGUUGUGGCCGGUGACUUACUGGCCACUCAAUGGCGAACGAGCGGCUCCGAGCUCUGGAGGAUGUGGAGAAGGAGAUAGCGACGGUCAUGCAGUGUGCCGGUAAUAUCGUUCUUGAACUCUCCAAAGACAAACACAACGCCAGCCUCCUGGACAGACAGCUGAUCCAGUUCCAGGCCUCCGUCAACCGAGUGGAGAACGAACUGAGCGGCCAGAUCCGCUACCUCACCCAGGUAGCUACUGGUCAACCUCACGAAGGCUCCACUUACUCAGCCAGGAAGGACUGUCAGAUGGCACUGAACCGAGCCGAGUACGCCAAAGUCAAACUGGGAGAACUGGGACGGACCUGCGAGGUCAUGCUGGAGCAGCAGCAGCAGCAGCAGACAUGAGCCGAGAAGGGCUCACAGCGGCAUUUCACUACUACGCUGCAAAGAAACUCCCGCACGCGGUCUAACUCGCAAGAAAAAAA